AUGGCUAUCUCUGAAGUUUCUUUUCGUAUGCUCUCGCCGCCAUUGUCCCCGUAUCCGGACCUGGCUAGCUUCAAUGGACCGUUGAAAUUGCGUGAUUCUUUGCCUGGACCCACCGAUGCUUCCAGAACUUUAGGCACCCCGGAGACCUUCAGCAAGGAAUCGACACCCAGCGCCUCGCAGUGCUCGAUUGGCGAGAUUGAGCCCCGAAAACGUAAAAUGGUCACCUGUUGGGACGCUAUGCUGUCUUCUCCUGCCAAGUUCUACAAGAAGGAGCGCGACUACCUUAGCCUGUACCCGGUGCACCGUCCGUCUUGGUCCAAUUACCUCUACGUGGAGGCAGCCCCGGAGACCCGCAUUCGUCGCAAGCCCCGCCAGCGUGUUCGCCGCAUGCUCUCAGAAAUGGAGCUUUCGGGCUCUGACUCGGUGCUGACUCGGUCGCGUGCUGCUUCUGCCGGCGUGCCGGUUUCUGGCGCAGAGCCCAGCAGCGACGACGACAUUAGUGCCGGCACCGUGUCCACUCCCAAGUCACGAGCUCCCAAGAAGCGGGCAUCAACUGCCUCCCCGGUUCGCGUCCAUGAUCUCAAUCUCUCGCAGAUCGACGACUACUCCCCUUCGGUGAGCACCCUGCCUCCCGGCCGUUCGUUGCGAGCCGAGUGGAAAGGUGCUCCCAUGGAUCUCAGCCAGGACCCCGAUGUGCACCUGCUUCAUCCUGCAGAGGUUCAUUUGGCUUCUGUGCUGCGUCUGCCUGCAGAGGUGUACCUCGACUCCAAGCGACGAUUGUUUGCCGAGAAGGUGCACCGUCUGCGUCAAGGCCUGCCAUUCCGACGCACUGAUUCACAAAAGGCGUGCCGCAUUGACGUUAACAAAGCCUCGCGGCUGUUUGGCGCCUUUGAGAAGGUUGGCUGGCUUGAAGACAGCCUUUUCUCCAAAUACUUGUAA